AUGUUUCAGUCCCCCUUGCAAGUCCUUUGUCACAAGCUGAAAAGGCUUAGGGGAGCUAUCCAGGCUUGGAAUAAGGAGGUGUUUGGGGAUAUUUUUCAGGUAGUUACGCAGAAGGAAGCGGAGGUAUGGCUUGCUGAGAUCCGUAUGGAGAGUGAUGAGUCAGAGGAACCUAGGGUGAAUUUGCAUCUUGCUCAAGCCCAGUUGCGUGUUCCCUUGUGGGUAGAGGAGCUCUUUUGGAAGCAGAAGGCUCAUGUCAAGUGGCUAAAAGAGGGAGAGCGAAAUACAAAAUUCUUUUAUUCUGUGGUGAAACACAGGAGGGUGCAAUCCGUUAUUCACAAGAUAAAAAAUGAACGAGGGGAAUGGGUUGAAUCGGAGGAGGAGAUAGGGGCUGAGGCGGUACGAUUUUUCGAGAAGUUGUUUACGGCUCAGCAUCCAACGUCAUCCCCUGGUUUGCUUCAGAAUAUCCUAAAAAUUUUGACAGACGAGGAUAAUGUUUUAUUGAAACAAGUACCAGCCAAGGAGGAGAUUUGUCGUGUUAUGUUUGAGAUGGAUGGGGAGAGUACGCCGGGACCGACUGGCUAUACGGGUAAAUUUUUUACGGCUGCAUGGUCAAUUAUAGGAGAGGACGUGGUUAGAGCAGUAUGCAGUUUCUUUUGCGGAGCUGAAUUGCCAAGGGCUGUAACGGCGACUUCCAUUGUGCUUAUACCUAAGAUAGCACAUCCCUAG